AUGUUUGCACUAUUGUUAGCUGCAUCUCUUUCUAGUUUACUAGAUGAAUACGUUAAUGAAUUUACUUCUCAAUUAAAUCUUCCUUUGUUUACCAAAAGGAGUGAAGAAAUCAAAAAACAAUUUCAAGAACAGAUGAAAGAUUGCAACGGAAAGUGGUUUAGCACAGCCUUAUCUCUUAAUGAUUUCUAUGAUGCAAAAAAUGAGUUCAAAGAGAUCAAAAAAGGGGAAUACUUUUGCAUUUAUGGUCCAGCUCUCAUUGCUGCAAAUGCCUCAUUUAAGGUGGAAUCUAAAUACCUCAAGUUCAACGCCGAGGGCGAAAUCAAAGUUGAAGAUGUUUCUAUCAAGAAUCCGCUUAUUCUCACAAAUAAGAUCUCCGAUGAUGAAAUUGAAAUGAAGAAUCCAGGAGAAAUUAUUUCCAAAGUAAUGUGUGAUGACGGUGAUAAUGGUUGUGACAUUCAAUUUACAUAUCUGCUUCAACCUCUUAAAUUUAAGAGUAGCUUUAAAUCAGAUGACGUCAAUUAUGAAUCUGAUGUUGAUUUCAAGGUUGUUGUAUCAACAGAAUCUUCAUACUCUAAAAAAUUUGACGCCUCAUACGUUUUUGGAUUAAAUCUUGACAUUAAAGGAAAUCUAAAGGCUUCAUUGAAUGCAAAAUUCCAUUCACUGGUUCUUUUUGCAGCUGGAAAGAGUAAAAAGAAGAUAACAGCCAAAUCAUCAAAUGACGGAAUCACAUCAGUUAUACUAAGUGAGAAUGGAAAAGAUGCUUCCGGAAGGGUUAUUGGUUUCAUGCCUAUCCCGAAUCUGACAAAAUUGAUAAAAUUUGAUCCUCAGAUAAUAACAGAUUUUCUCACUACUUUUAAAGCCAAGCUCGGAUUUAAUUAUGAAGGUAGUGUAGACCUUAAGAUGGAAGAAGACAAAACCGCAUCUGCCGAUGAAAAGAAUUAUUAUCCAGAAGGUAUGACCUUUGAGGCAAGCGGUGGUGUGAAGACAAAAGAUGAUGUUGAUAAAGGUUCGGGACUUGGAACAGGUGCGAUUGUAGGAAUAGUUAUUGGCGUUCUCGUUGUAGUUGCAAUUAUUGUUGUCAUCGUUGUUGUAGUUAUAAUGAAGAGCAAAGGUAAGGGUGGUGACUCUGGUGAUGGUGAUAAGAAAUAA